CCUUCCUAACACAACACGACCCUUGACUUGCCUACUUUCCACUCUUUUUUCAUUACAACUUACACGUCUCGAACCAUUCCACUCUUUACAUACUCACCAUUAACAUACUACACUCUUCUCGUCGGCAACUCACUCGUUUAUUGUUGUCUAUUCGUCUUCAUCUUUCAGGUCUUCCAUAAUCUAAUCGGUUUUUUUUGUGGUUUCGACCUCUUAGUACUUCAAGUCGGUUUUUGUUCAGUCUCCAGCCUGCAUACUGCAUCCCUCAUUCGCUUGGGAUUGCACUCCAUCUUGCACCUCUAUUUUCUGUCAAACGCACAUCAUUGAAACCACUUGAUCACACCACCUAAUACCUAGUACUGUAUCAACAUCAAAAUGCGCUCGUUCGCCCUCGCGUUCGCUGUAACGGCGGCGAGCCUGGUCCAAGCUGGACCUACUGCUACCGAAAAGGAAUUGCCUAGACGGGCCGAUGCUCUUCCCACAGUGACUGCUUCUGGUAAUGCGUUCUGGGCCGGUGACGAACGAUUCUAUCUCCGAGGCAUUGACUACCAGCCUGGUGGCUCUUCGGCGAACUUGGAUCCCCUUUCAGAUAGUAACAUCUGUAACAGGGACAUCGCCAAAUUCAAGGAACUUGGCGUAAACACUGUUCGCGUUUACUCGGUUGACAACUCGGCCGAUCACACCGAAUGUAUGCAGGCCCUGAAUGAUGCUGGCAUCUACCUGGUUCUCGACGUCAAUAACCCUAGUUACUCUAUUAACCGAGACGAGCCUGCCCCAUCGUACAACGAUGUCUACCUCCAGAGUGUCUUCGCUACCAUUGAUGAGUUUGUCAAGUACUCGAACACGCUCGCUUUCUUCUCUGGGAAUGAAGUUAUCAACGACAAGCCCGAGUCUGUAAAAGCCGCUCCUUACGUCAAGGCCACCACUCGUGACAUGAGACAGUACAUCGGCUCGCGCAACUACCGCAAGGUUCCGGUUGGCUAUUCUGCUGCCGAUGUUAGUCAAAAUCGCAUGCAAACUGCCAACUACUUCAACUGCGGUACCGAUGAUGAGCGCAGUGACUUUUUCGCUUUUAAUGAUUAUUCGUGGUGUGCACCGUCCUCGUUUGAGGAAUCUGGUUGGAACCAGAAGGUGAAGAACUUUACUGGAUAUGGCCUGCCCAUCUUCUUGUCUGAGUGGGGCUGCAUAACAAACGGCCGCACCUUUGAGGAGUUGAGUGCUUUAAUGAGCGACCAGAUGUCUUCUGUUUACUCAGGUGGCCUCAUGUACGAGUACAGCAGAGAAGGCAACGGGUUUGGUAUUGUCGAACUUGACGGCAACUCUGACACUGUCAAGGAAGAUCCCGAGUUCUCGAAGCUAGCGUCAGCUCUGUCCAAAUACCCCACCCCUACUGGUAAUGGCGGCUUUACUUCCACCACGGCCUCUGUUGCUUGCCCAACUGUUGACGAUGUGUGGGACCUUGAGGACUGGGGCGCUAGCGCCCUUCCCGCAAUCCCUGAGGGAGCUGUAAAGUAUAUGACGGAUGGUGCUGGUGCUGGACCAGGCCUCAAGGGCGACGGCUCCCAGAAUGCUGGAGGCACUUCGACUGGCACUGCUUCUCCUGGCUCUGGAUCUGUAACAGCUACUGCAUCGGGUGACAACGGCAGCGGCCGACCAGCCCCACCGAUGGACAUGAGUAUCUUUGCCCUUACAGGCGUUGUUGCUGCGUUCACCCUUGUUGGAACUCUAUUGUUGUAGAAUGGCUACUCCUUUCAGGAGAGCUUUCUUGGCCGAAAUAUUAUACCAAAUGUCGGCGUGGAAUGAAGGUGUGUUCCAUGAGAUUGGCCCUUUAAAAUGUUGAUUGGAUCC